AUGGGGAUCCGGAUGCACAAAAUCAAGUUUUCUUAUCCAAGUUUUACUCCGAAUAAACGCCCGUUGUUGCCUUUGAGUAUAUGUGCAGAGAUCUCUCAGCGCCAUUGAAGCCCUUUGCAGCGAGCUCGUCGUGCUCAUUUUUCACAAAAAUAAAAGUCAAUAACUGCAAAAAUCCAUUGCUCAUAGCAUCAUAGCACUUUGAGCUUCAUUACUGCUAGGUUUUGUUGAGAGUGGCCAACCUCCCAUCAGCCAUUAAAAUCAGAGCUCCAGGUGGCACAUCUUUACAACUGGUGAUGUUACCAUUUACUCAAAUCUUCUCAUCAUUUAGUGGCCAAUAAAGGAUAGAUUUGGAGUUGCAGCCAUGGCAGCAACAGAGGAGAAUAACUCACUCUUUCCAAUUUUUAUCCUGACCAUAAUGGCACUGUCCUUGGUCCCGUAUACUAUCCAUAGGGUGUUGCUUGCUGCCUCCAAGAAGACAAAGAGCACCCAUUGCCCGUGCUCUAUUUGUUCACAUUCAGGGAAAUAUCGUAAAUCUAUAUUAAAACGGAUAUCAAAUUUUUCCACAUGGAGCAAUAUGACUGUGCUUCUGCUAUGGGUUGCCAUGGGAUUCUUGAUUUAUUAUGUGAAUCAUAUAAGUCGUGAGGUUCAACCGUUCGAGCCAUUUGGAAUUCUUGGAUUGGUACCUGGAGCUUCAGAGUCAGAAAUAAAAAAAGCAUAUCGGAAACUUUCCAUUCAGUACCAUCCUGAUAAGAAUCCCGACCCAGAGGCCCACAAAUACUUUGUGGAGUUCAUAUCAAAGGCAUAUCAGGCUCUCACUGACCCUGUAUCUCGUGAGAACUUUGAAAAAUAUGGUCAUCCAGAUGGCAGACAGGGGCUUCAAAUGGGCAUUGCCCUACCCCAGUUCUUGCUUAACAUUGACGGGGCAUCAGGUGGAAUACUUUUGCUUGGAAUUGUUGGAGUUUGCAUUUUGUUGCCUCUGUUGAUGGCAGUUAUAUAUCUCUCUAAGUCGGCAAAGUAUACGGGAAAUUAUGUCAUGCAUCAAACAUUAUCCACCUAUUAUUAUUUGAUGAAACCUUCACUAGCUCCAAGUAAGGUGUUGGAUGUCUUUAUUAAGGCUGCAGAGUACAUGGAAAUUCCAGUUCGUAGGAGUGAUGGGGAACCUCUUCAGAGGCUCUUCACGAUUGUUCGUAGUGAGCUGAACCUGGAUAUGAAGAACAUUCGGCAAGAACAAGCUAAGUUUUGGAAGAGGCACCCGUGUCAUGUUAAGACAGAACUGCUGAUUCUCGCCCAAUUAACUCGUGAAUCAGCAGCUGUCCCUUCAGGUCUUCAGGGUGAUUUCAGGCAUGUUCUACAACUUGCACCUCGCCUUCUUGAAGAAUUAAUGAAGAUGGCUAUCAUUCCACGUACUCCGGAAGGUCAUGGGUGGCUGAGACCGGCAAUUGGGGUCCUUGAACUGACUCAAAGUAUCAUCCAGGCUGUUCCUCUCAGUGAAAGAAAAGCAGCUGGAGGGUCAUCUGAGGGCAAUGCUCCCUUCUUGCAGCUGCCACAUUUUAGUGAGGCUGUUAUAAAAAAGAGCUUCCGCAAGAAGGUCCGAACUUUCCAAGAGUUCCAAGAAAUGAGCCCACAGGAGCGAUCCGAGUUUUUGACACAGGCAGCAGGCUUUUCUGAUUCUGAGGUUUGUGAUGUUGAAUCCGUCCUCAAAAUGAUGCCCUGUGUUGCAGUAGAAGUGACAUGUGAAACCGAGGGUGAGGAUGGCAUCCAAGAUGGUGACAUUGUCACAAUGCAUGCGUGGGUCACUAUAAAACGGGGCAAUGGCCUUGUCUCUGCUCUCCCUCACUGCCCUUACUUCCCUUUCCAGAAGGAGGAGAACUACUGGCUCCUCUUGGCUGAUCCGGUGUCAAAUGGUGUGUGGGUCUCUCAAAAGGUGAGCUUCUCAGAUGAGGCGGCGGCCCUUGCUGUAGCCACCAAGGCCACACAGGAGGCCCUUGAGGGGUCAGGGAUAGGCCCACGUGAGGUGAAUGCUCAAGUGAGGGCAGCAGCCGAGAGAGUGAAGAGUGGAGCGAGGCUCGUGGUGACCAAGUUUCAGGCACCUUCUGAGGGCACCUACAAUCUGAUGCUCUUUUGUAUGUGUGACUCAUGGAUUGGAUGUGAUAAGAAGGUGGGAGUGAGAAUGAAGGUUUUGAAGAGGAGCAGAGCAGGUACGAGAGGAGGGGUGGUGGCUGAGGAGGGCCAAGUGGUGGAGGAUGGAGGGGAGGAGGAGGAAGAAGAGGAGGAGGUAUAUGAUGACUAUGAGAGUGAGUAUAGUGAUGACGAGGAGGAGAAGAGCAAGGACAAGGUACAGGCGAAUGGGCAUGUUCGUGGAAAGGGUGGUGCGUCAUCAUCUUCAAGUGGGGAGGGAUCAGACAGUGAGGGGUAAUAAGGGCUGGAGAGAGUUUUGGCUGUCAUGAUCUUGUAUGCACUUUGUUUCCUCUCUCUCAUUUUGCUUUUCAAUUUAAUAAUGUCUGGCACUAUGAAUGGAGAUCCUCACGUGCUUUGAUUAUUGUUGUGGUUUGUUUUCCCCUGUGAUUGGGAGGUUCAUCUUUUGUUGACCGAUGGACGCAACUUUAUAAGAAAAAGAGGAAGAAAGAAAAGGAAUUGUAUAUGCCCGCCAAUUCUCAAGAGACUGAUCCUAGUCUUUUUCUA